CGGGGGGAGCCCGGCCCGGCCCCCCCGGCCCCGCGCCCGCCGUCCCGGAGCUGCCGAACGGAAAGUUACAGUGAUGCCGGCGGAGCCAGGAGCAGGAGGAGCACGCUGCCCGUCCGCUGUCCUGGGAUAGCGAGUUCGGCACGGGACGUGUCCCCGCCGGGACCGGGCCCGUUCCCGGUGACAGAAAUAGCUGUCGGGAGCGGCUGCGUCGCACGUGGGAGCCGAGAAGCAGGUGCAGAACCGAGGCUCACAGGAGUUCUGGAGAGAUGUCCUGUGAGGAGCGGCUGAGGGAGCUGGGUUGUUCAGCCUGGAGAACAGGAGGACCUUGCCACCCUCUACAAGCACCUGAACAGAGGCUGUAGCCAGGAACUGAAAAUUCCUCUUUAAAGGGUGCAGUGAGCUGUGGAAACUGUUACUGCCUAUAGAAAAAUGGACAUGUUGCAGAUACUACGUAAAACCCCAGAGCGCUUGGAAUGUGACUACUGCAGCUUCAGGGGAACUGACUAUGAAAACAUACAAAUUCAUAUGGGUACCGUUCACCCAGAGUGUUGUGAUGAAAUGGAUGCUGCUGGUUUGGGUAAACUUAUAUUUUAUCAAAAAAGUGCAAAACUGUUUCACUGCCAUAAAUGUUUCUUUACCAGCAAGAUGUAUUGCAACGUAUAUUAUCACAUCAAAGCACAGCAUUCAGCACCUGAGAAGUGGAAUGAAGAGCAGAAAGAGCAACAGAUAGAGGGAGAUUCAGAUUCAUCCAAAAAGAGUGUCACGUUGGAGCCACAGAAACCUACCCUUUCCCCUGAGUCACUCAAGCCUGCCCUUUCUCCUGAGCUCCCCAAAUCUGAAUCUGUUGUUUCCCCCAAGCUUCAGAAAUCUGUGUCUCCAGAGCCCCAGAAGUCUGCUCAGGUGACUUCCUCAGAGCCAGAGAAGUCAGUCCAGACUGUUUCCCCAGAUCCAGAAAAGUCAGCCCAGGCUACAUCUCCUGAUCCAGAGAAGUUAGUCUCACCUGUGUCCCCUGACCCACAGAAGCCAUCUUCUGUCAUGUCCCCUGACCCACAGAAGCUGUCCCCUCUAGUGUCUUCUGACCCACAGAAACUCACCCCUCUCAUGUCCCCUGACCCACAGAAGCUGUCCCCUGUCGUGUCCCCUGACCCACAAAAACAGUCCCCUGUCGUGUCCCCUGACCUACAGAAACAGUCCCCUGUUGUGUCCCCUGACCCACAGAAGCCCUCCCCUGUUGUGUCCCCUGACCCACAGAAGUCUUCCCCUGUUGUAUCUCCGGACCCACAGAAACCAUCCCCUGUGGUGUCCCCUGACCCACAGAAACCAUCCCCUGUGGUGUCCCCUGACCCACAGAAACCAUCCCCUGUGGUGUCCCCUGACCCACAGAAGCCCUCUCCUGCUGUAUCCCCUGACCCACAGAAGCCAGCCCCAGCCGUGUCUCCAGAGCCCCGCCGGCACUCCCCAGCCGUGUCUCCAGAGCCCCGCCGGCAUUCCCCUGCCAUGUCUCCAGAGCCCCGGCGCCAUUCUCCCGCUGUGUCUCCAGAGCCCCGCAGAUACUCCCCAGCUGUGUCCCCAGAGCCAAAGAAACCUCCUGCAGCAGUGUCCCCUGAACCACGGCGGUAUGCCCCGGCGGCGUCCCCUGAGCCACGGCGGCAUCCCUCUCAAACGCGUCGGCCCGCGUCUGCUUCUUCUCCUGAAAGCCGGAGGCCUGCUUCUGCAGUUUCACCAGAGUCGUGGAGACCUGGGCCAGCUGUUUCCCCCGAGCCCUGGAGGUCUUCACCUCACGAAGUGCAGAAGUCUUCCCCAGUUUCUCCCUGGGCUUCAAAGCCUGCCAUGUCGGUGUCCGUAGAAUCCCGGAGGUCUGCCCCCGAGUCCCGAAGGCCUGGUCCGGUUGUAUUGCCAGAAUCUAGGAGACUUGUUUCUGAUUCGUGUAAGUCUACGUCCUUUUCUGAAUCCCAGAAGUCUACUCUUGUUUCUUCUGAGCCCUGGAAACCCAUCUCAUCUGUUUACCCUGAAGGCUGGAAACCUGUUCUGUCCCCUGACACAUGGAAGCAUUCUCCCCCUGUUUCUCCUGAGCUUCGAAAGUCUAGUCACACUGUUUCCUCUGACUCUUGGAAGCCUUCUUUCUUUCCUGAGGUCCGUAAGCCUGGUGUUUCAGUAUCUCCUGAAUCUUGGAAACUCACUGAGUCACGGAAACCUAUGUAUUUUCCUGAAACUCAGAGAUCCCCCUCUGCUGCUUCAUCUGAGAUUCAGAAACGGGCUCAUUUCCCUGAACCUCGGAAAAGAGUGUUGUUCCCAGAGACUCGUAAAUCUAAUCCUACUGCUUCUGCUGAUGUUCAGAAACGUGCUGUGUUUUCUGAGCCCCAGAAUCAGACGUCUACUUCUGCUGUUUCUACUGAAGGUGAAAAACAAGCUCUGUGUUCUGAAGCCCAAAAAUCCGCUCUUGUUUCUUCUGAAGUCCAGAAGCAUGCCCUGUUUUCUGAAGCCCAAAAACUCACUUCCAUUUCCUCUGAAGUUCAGGAGUCUACUUCCUUUCUAGAGUCUCAGAAAUCCAUAUCUCCUGAAGUUCAGAAACACGGCCUCUUUACUGAGUCCCAGAAACCUACUCCUGUUUCUCCUGAUACACUCAAGCAAGCUGUUUUCACAGACUGCCAGAAAUCUGCUGUUUCCCCUGAUGUUCAAAAGCAUGCUGUAUUUUCUGAGAUGCAGAAGCCUGCUGCUGCUCUAACCUCUGAUGUCCAGAGACAUGCUGAAACUACUGUACCUUCUGAAAUCCAGAAGACCAUCCUGUUUUCCGAGCCUCACAAGUCUGCUUCGGGCUUUUUUUCUGAGCCCCAAACACCUAGUGAGUCUGGUGAGAGUGACUUUCUCUCUCACACUUUAGACGAUCAGAAACCACUGGAUGAUUUAUUCUCACAGGAUGAACAAUCAAUAUUAGCCAAAGAAUCACCUGAACACAUGUUAUAUUCAUGCCCAAGAAAGAAGCCCAAGAAGGAAAACCAGGAGAACUCAGAUUCUGAACUAAAUAGUAGUGAGUGUGGAAAAACAGCAAUGGACUCAAUGGAGAUAAAGGAGCAAGAAUCCAACAGUGACCAAGAGCAGUAUGAUAUGGAGUCAUCUGAUUACAGCAAAGAGAGCAAAAUGGAUGCAACUACUCCUACGCAGCCACAGUGUGUGCUUCAGUUUACUGAAGAGAAAGAGGCUUUCAUCUCUGAGGAAGAAAUAGCAAAAUACAUGAAGCGUGGCAAGGGAAAGUAUUACUGCAAAAUUUGUUGCUGUCGUGCAAUGAAAAAAGGUGCUGUCUUGCACCAUUUAGUUAACAAGCAUAACGUUCAAAGCCCAUACAAAUGUAAAAUAUGUGGCAAAGCUUUUCUCUUGGAGUCUCUUCUUAAAAAUCAUGUUGCUGCUCAUGGUCAAAGUUUGUUGAAGUGUCCCCGUUGUAAUUUUGAAUCAAAUUUUCCCCGAGGCUUUAAGAAACAUUUAACCCAUUGCCAAAGCCGUCAUAGUGAUGAGAUAUCUAAAAAACACUUGGACAGCCUUGAACCACUUGAAGAACAAAUUUAAUCUGUUUUUUUUCCUUGUGCUAGAAAAGCUGGAUUUACAAAGUGUUCAAAAGUGUUACUGUAUGUUAACCAAGUAGUUUAGCUGAUCUGACAAGUCAGAAGAUGCAUGGUUUAUUGUACUAUGUUUAACUUGUCUUAUAGCUGUAUUACUUAAAGGAUUUACUUUUGAAAGUAAUUUUAAAUGCGUGAUCAUGUCUUUGUAUUACCCAUCAGUAGAGUCAUAUUUUAUUUUUCAGAUGUACUAUGUUUUUGAAACCAAAAUGGAUACAAAUUAGUUUUGUAAAGAUUUGUAAAACAUAUAGGAAAUUAAGGACUGGAGUGGCAAGCAAUCCAUAUUUUCCUGUGAAGACAGCUUCUUUUUUCACAUUUGUUAAAUGUUGUAUUUUUAAAAAUGUUUUUAAUCAAGUUCUCAAAUCAAAAUUUUCGCUACAUUGAAUGUGAAUGAGCCAGAAGAUGAGGAACUACCAAUAUUCCAGGAAUAAUUCUGCCCUAAGGUUGUAAUUGAGUGUAUAGACAUUUGUUGGAAAUUUAUUGCACUCAGUUCUCUGACUUGUCUCAGAUUUAGAAGCAUCAAGGUACUUAUUUUGUGAUUAUGUAUUUUGGCCAUGUUUUAAUCAUACUAAUAUACAUUAAAUUGAUAGAUUAACGUCAGACUAUGUAUAGCUCAACACUUUCUCUUGAUGAUCCAGAUGUUUGUAAUGUCAGACAACCCCUAAAUUUCCUGUAUUUGGUGAAAUGUUAUGCUUUAAUGUUUUAACAAUAAAAAGAAACCCAACCUGG